GCCCACUUCACCUGGACACUAACUAUGGGGUGGACAACUCUGUGGUUGUGCGUUCUCGCUCUGCCACUAACGAGCGCCAUCCAGGUGAAAGCCAAGAAAGCGCGCCAGUCCAACCAUGUGAACAGCAUCUGCAGCACCUGGGGCAGAGAGCACUUCAAGACCUUCGAUGGAGACGUGUACCAGUUCCCAGGGACGUGUGAAUACAACCUGGCCUCCGACUGCCACUCUGAGUCCUACCAGGAGUUCUCUGUGCACCUGAAGAGGAACGAGGCUACUGAGGCUGAGGGGAACCCUACGGUCAAACACGUAGUGGUCACUAUCAACGACCUGGUCUUCCACCUGACCAAGACUCAGGUCGCGGUCAAUGGAGAAAUUGUAACUCUGCCGUACUACAAUGGAGGAGUCCAACUGGAGAGGAAUGCAGUUUACACCAAACUCUACUCCAAGGUUGGCCUGGUUGUCAUGUGGAACGGAGAAGAUGCCGUCAUGGUGGAGCUGGACACGGAGUACACCAACCGUACCUGUGGUCUCUGUGGAGACUUCAAUGGCCUUCCAGUCCACAAUGAGUUUGUUCAUAACGGUCGUAAAGUGAGCCCCAUUGAGUUUGGAAACAGACAGAAGGUCCACAGGCCCAACGAGGACUGUGAAGACCCCUAUGAAGAGGAAGAGGAAGAUGAACCUGCAGACGUUCAGCCUAAAGAGGACACGUGCAAGGAGUUUCAUGCCCAGUGUGACCAGCUCCUGCGCUCGCCGUUGUGGAGCUCCUGUGGUGCGGUCUUGAACCCUGAGCCCUACAUCCAGGCCUGUGUCCAGGACCUGUGUGGCUGCAGCAACACUUCUGAUAGCUUCUGUGUCUGCAGCACCCUGGCAGAGUACUCCAGACAGUGCUCCCACGCCGGGGGACAGCCACCCCACUGGAGAACAACAGCCUUCUGUGACAAGCAGUGUCCGUUCAACAUGGUCUAUCUGGAGAGUGGCUCUCCCUGCAUGGAUACCUGUACCCACUCAGACACCAGCUCACUGUGUGAAGAACACCUGAUGGACGGCUGCUUCUGCCCUCACGGGACUGUGUUUGAUGACAUCUCAAAGAGGGGGUGUGUCACUCAGGACCAGUGUCAGUGCAAACACGACAAAGUUUACAACUCUGGAGAAGUAUUCAGACAGGACCGUGAGGAAUGUGUCUGUCAUCAUGGUCAGUGGUCCUGUAAAAGUCUACCCAGCCCUGCUACAUGUGCCGUUGAGGAGGGUUCACACGUGACAACCUUCGAUGGGAAAGCGUUCACCUUCCAUGGGGACUGUUACUACCCCUUAGCCAAGGUGGAAAGCAAGGAUGAAGCCAGUCCAAAGUUCACUGUACUGGUCCAGCUGGUUCCCUGUAUAAGACAGAAGUUUGACACUUGCCUCAAGAGUGUUGUGGUCUUGCUAAACAAUGAUAGAAACAACGCUUUGGUGAUUACCGCCGAUGGGAAAGUCAGCCACAAUGCACAGAUCACUCUGCCUUACAGCACAGCUGACAUCAGUGUGUUCAAGCCAUCGUCCUUCCACAUGAUGCUCCAGACCAGCUUUGGGCUGCAGGUUCAGAUCCAGCUGGUCCCUAUCAUGCAGGUCUAUGUCACCCUGGACGAGAGCUACAAGACCAAGACACAAGGUCUGUGUGGGAACUUCAACAAGGUUCUGUCUGAUGACAUGAAGACCCCCCAGGGUAUGGUGGAGGGAACAGCCUCUUCAUUUGGGAACUCCUGGAAGGCUAAUCCUACCUGCAGAGACAGAGAGGAGAGGCUGGACGACCCCUGCUCCCUCAGCGUGGAGAAUGAGAACUAUGCUAAACAUUGGUGCUCCAUGCUAAGAAGUUCUGACAGCACUUUUGCCAAGUGCCAUGCCAUGGUGGACCCCGAGCUUUACUACAAGCGAUGCACGUACGCUAGCUGCAACUGUGAGAAGAGUGAAGACUGCCUGUGUGCCGUCUUCUCCUCCUAUGUGCGAGACUGUGCUACCAAGGGAGUGGUCCUGUCGGGCUGGAGAGAGAACGUGUGUGACAAAUACAUUGGUAACUGCCCAGUGUCUCAGACCUACUCUGACCAGCUCCAGAGAUGUCAGCUGACCUGUAGCUCCCUGGCCAGCAAAAGCCAGGGUUGUACCAAUGACUUCCUCCCCGUGGAUGGUUGUUCUUGCCCAGACGGACUCUACAUGGAUGACAGGGGCACCUGUGUACCCAUGGACAAAUGCCCCUGCUUCCACAACGGGGUCCACAUCAAGCCUGGGAAGUCCAUCAACAUUCAGGAGGAACACUGUGUCUGCAACAAUGGGAAGCUUCACUGCCGUUCGUGGAAGAUGCGUUCAGAGAGUACCUGCCAGUCGCCAAAGGUGUUCUUGAACUGCUCCAAUGACCUGGGAGUACAGUGUACACGGAGCUGUAGGAACCCGGAUUUCAUGGACUGUUUCGCCGCAGAGUGUGAGUCUGGGUGCAAGUGUCCCACGAGUCUGUGGGAGGAUGGGAAAGGCAUGUGUGUGAAUAAACAUGAAUGCCCAUGCAGCCAUGACGGAUUCCUCUACGCCCCAGGAAAACAGAUCCCAAACGGAUGUAACACUUGCACCUGUAAGAGUGGGAAAUGGAAGUGCACAGAUAAGAAGUGCCCAGGAACCUGUACCAUCUACGGCAGUGGCCAUUACAAAACCUUUGAUGAGCGCACGUAUGGCUUCCAAGGAAAAUGUGGCUAUGUGGCUGUCCAGAACAAAUGUGGGAACCGGCCUGUCCAGGACAAAUUCAUGGUGAUCACAGAGAACAUACCGUGUGGAACCACAGGCACCACUUGCUCCAAGUCUGUCAGGGUUCAACUGGGGAGAACAGAGCUGAAACUAUCAAAGGGGACCCAUGAAGUGGUGGACCUAGGAGUGGGCUCUCAGAUCCAGUACCGAGUGAGGACCGUCGGUCUGUACCUGAUUGUUGAGUCAGACAUCGGGAUCGCAGUGCUGUGGGACCGCAAAACUACCGUCCGCAUCGUCCUGGAGCCACAGCAUAGUGGAGCAGUGUGCGGCCUGUGUGGGAACUAUAAUGGAGAAGGCAGAGAUGACUUCACCACACAAGGUCAGAUGAUAGUCAGCAGCCCUGUGGAGUUUGCUAACAGCUGGAAAGUGUCAAGCACUUGUCCCGACGCAGAAAGCAACGUGGACCCAUGUGGAGCCAGACCCAACCGUCACAACUGGGCUAAGAUGCAGUGCAGCAUCAUCACAGGAAAGACUUUCCAACUGUGUCACAAGAAGGUAGACCCUAGUCUGUACUUUGAGAACUGUGUGAAAGACUCCUGUGCCUGUGAUACUGGCGGAGACUGUGAGUGUUUCUGUACAGCUGUAGCAGCCUACGCCCAGGCCUGCACCGAAGCUGGAGUCUGUGUUGCAUGGAGAACACCAGAAAUUUGUCCUGUGUUCUGUGACUACUACAACGAUCCAGGUGAAUGUGAAUGGCAUUACAGCCCUUGCCACACACCUUGCUUCAAGACCUGUCUGAAUCUAAAUGGGACCUGUGACAACCCUCUUCCCAAUCUGGAAGGUUGUUACCCACAAUGCCCUCCAGAUAGGCCAAUAUUUGAUGAAGAGACCGGGGAGUGUGUUGAGGAAUGCCCAACAACAGGCCCAUCAACAACAACCCCCCAGACAACCACACCAACACCACCAACAACACCGUGGACACCAACAACUACCACAUUGACAACAGAACCUCCAACAACAACACCAAUGCCACCAACAACAACACAAACACCACCAACAACCACACCACCACCAACAACAACAACACCAAUGCCACCAACAACAACAACCACACCAAAGCCAACAACAACCACACCAAUACCACCAACAACAACAACACCAAUACCAACAACAACAUCUCCAAUACCACCAACAACAACAACACAAAUACCAACAACAACCACACAUACACCAACAACAACAACACCAUUACCACCAACAACAACCACAACAAUACCAACAACAACAACAAUACCACCAACAACAACACCACCAACAACAACAACCACACCAAUACCAACAACAACAACAACACCAAUACCAACAACAACAACAACAACAACAACACCAACAACAACCACACCAAUACCAACAACAACAACAACACCAAUACCAACAACAACAACAACCACAACAAUACCAACAACAACAACACCAACAACAACAACAACAACCACACCAAUACCACAAACACCAACAACCACACCAAUUCCACCAACAACAACCACACCAAUACCACCAACAACUACCCCCCAGACACCAGAGCCAACAACUACUCCUUGUAUUCCUACCUGUGAGUGGUCAGAAUGGUAUGAUGAAGAUGAUGAUAAAGAUAAGAGUGACUGGGAAACGUAUUGGAAUAUCACGCAGAGUGGAAAAGAAGUGUGUAAAGAUCCACAGGAUAUUGAAUGUGUCGCUACAGACUAUCCAAAUACAAGCUUAGAGGACUAUGUAGCUUCGACAGGCCAAGUUGUGGAGUGCGAUGUUGACUUCGGGUUAAUAUGUGAAGAAAAUAAACAAACUCAGAGACCAUUUAAGUGCUUUAACUAUAAGAUUAGAGUCCUCUGUUGCGUUGAAUGUUUAUCAACAACAUCACCAAAACCAACAACAACACUAACAUCAACAACAAUAACAAGAGCACCGUCACCACCAACAACUACCACACCAACGCCACCAACAACAACCACACCAAUACAACCAUCAACAACACCAAUACCAACAACAACAACAACAACAACACCAACAACCACACCAAUAACAACAACAACAACCACACCAAUUCCACCAACAACAACAACACCAAUACUACCAACACCAUCAACAACACCAAUACCACCAACAACAACAACACCAAUACCACCAACAACAACACCAAUAGCAACAUCAACAACACCAACAAUAACAACCACACCACCAACACCAUCAACAACAACAACAUCAUCAACAACAACAACACCACCAACACCAUCAACAACAACAACAACACCACCAACACCAUCAACAACAACAACAACACCAACAAUAACAACCACACCAGUACCAACAACAACAACAACACCAAUACCACAAACACCAUCAACAACACCAAUACCAACAACAACAACAACACCAAUACCACCAACAACAACACCAACAACAACACCACCAACAACAACCACACCAAUACCACCAACAACAACCACACCAAUACCACCACCAACAACAACACCAAUACCACCAACAACAACCACACCAAUACCACCAACACCAUCAACAACACCAAUACCAACAACAACAACAACACCAAUACCACCAACAACAACACCAACAACAACACCACCAACAACAACAACACCAAUACCACCAACAACAACAACAACAACACCAAUACCACCAACAACAACAACACCAAUAUCAACAUCAACAACACCACCACCAACAACAACAACAACACCAACACCAUCAACAUCACCAACAACAACACCAACAACAACAACCACACCAAUACCACCAACAACAACAACACCAAUACCACCAACACCAUCAACAACACCAAUACCAAUAACAACACCAAUACCACCAACAACAACACCAACAACAACAACCACAACACCACCAACAACCACACCACCACCAACAACAACAACAACACCACCAACUACCACACCAUUACCACCAACAACAACCACACCUAAACCACCAACUACAACGGAAGCCAUAACUCUAACCACAACCCCAACGACAACAGAAGAAUUAACCACAACCCCCAGGACAACUGAAAAACCAACCACAACCCCAACGACAACAGAAGAACCAACCACAACCCCAACGACAACAGAAGAAUCAACCACAACCCCCAGGACAACUGAAAAACCAACCACAACCACCCCUGUCAUAGACACCACAACCACUAAAGCUCCUACAACAACACCUAAACCACCAACUACAACAGAAGCCACAACUCCAAUGACAACCACAUCACCAACAACCCAUGAAUCGGUUGUCACUGGUCCUCCAAUAACUGUUCCGACACCAGGAAAUGUUGUCAGUUCAAUACCAACCACAACUGGGUCACCAACCCCUCCACCAAUCACUUGUCCUGAGUGGGACAAAGUGCAAAAUGAAACUUUCUGGCUCUGCAACUGCACUUUGGCCAGAUGCAUUGAAAACAACACCAUUGAGAUAAUUCCGUAUGAAUGCCCAAAGCCUGAGCCAAUCACAUGUACCAAUGGCAAGAAACCAGUGCUACAAUGGGAUGAGUUCUACUGCUGCCAACGAUUUGUGUGUGACUGCGUCUGUGAGGGUUGGGGAGACCCCCAUUACAUCACCUUCGACGGGCUCUUCUACAGCUUCCAAGGGAACUGUACCUAUGUGCUGAUGGAGGAGAUGUUGCCGCGUCACCACUUCAAGAUCUACAUCGACAAUGUCAACUGUGAUCCCACCGAGGACGUGUCUUGUCCUCGAUCCAUCAUCGUGUCCUACCGCUCAACAGUUAUAACACUGAAGAAUCACAACCUCAUUGGAGCUGCUCAGUUGGAGGCUCUUAUUGAUGGAGUUUCCCUGAGACUACCCUUCACGCGGCACGGUGUGAAGGUGAUGAACUCUGGUAUCAACAUGGUCUUGGAGAUAGCACACCUCCAGGUGGUAGUUACCUUUGGAGUCACUGGCUUCAGCGUCAACCUUCCUUGGCAACACUUUGGCAACAAUACACAGGGUCAUUGUGGAACAUGUAGCAACAACAAGGCUGAUGACUGCAUGUUGCCUGGAGGACAGCUGGUGGAGAACUGUGCUGUGAUGGCAGACUACUGGCCAGCCAAGGACCUCUACCAACCUGAAUGCCAUGUGCCACCUGGAAUCCCCACCAACUCUCCUCUCCCUGAACCCACACAGAAGCCAUGCAAGCCAGACUCCUCUGUCUGUGAUCUCCUGAAAGACAGCAUGUUUGCAGCCUGUCAUCCAUUUGUCUCACCUGACAACUUCUACAAGGGCUGUGUCUAUGACAGCUGCCACGUGUCCAACCCAGCGGUGGAGUGCACCAGUCUGCAGACAUACGCUGCUGCCUGUGCCCAGUUUGGAGUAUGCAUCUACUGGAGAAACCACACCGAGCUCUGUGCCAGCGACUGUCCGGCUGACAAAGUCUACAAGCCCUGCGGUCCUGCAGAACAGCCAACCUGUGAUGACAAUCCAGACGAGUCUAGGAUGAACUUCACCACAGAAGGCUGCUUCUGUCCUGAUGGGAUGAAACUCUUCAACAAGGACUCAGGGAUCUGUGUUGAUAAGUGUGGAUGCAUUGACCCUGAAGGAGUUCCACGAGAGUUCAACGAGAGGUUUGAGUACAAGUGCCAGGACUGCAUUUGUUUGGAGUCCACCAAGACUGUGAACUGUAAACCCAAGGUCUGCUCCAAACCACCAAUAGAUAUAUGCACUGGACCAGGCUUUGUAUAUGUCAACCAAACCGAUCCAUCCGAUCCAUGCUGCUCCAACCUCGCCUGCCGUUGUGACAGCAGCACUUGCCCACCUACCAACAUGAACUGUCCUAUUGGGUUCGUGCCAGUGGUUUCAGUCCCUGAGGGAAAAUGCUGUCCAGAGCACACAUGUGAGCCUAAAAGAGUUUGUCUUCACAAAGGCGUUGAAUACCUGCCCAAUUCUAAAGUACCGGGAUCAGAGUGCCAGGAGUGCACCUGCACCAACAAAGUGGACCCCAAGUCUGGUCAUUACCAAAUUGACUGUGGAUUCAUGCAAUGUGACGAAGAUUGUGAAAAGGGAUAUGAGUACCAGGAGCCGGGCUACAGCUCAGAUGACUGCUGUGGUAAAUGUGUUCAGACCCACUGUGUCCUCCAGAUCAAUGGGACCAUGCAGUUGUUGAAGCAUGGAGAUACAUGGUCUGCUCCUGGUGACAAGUGCCAGCAGUACAGCUGUGUGAAAAACGGUGAUAGUUAUCUGACCCAGAGCUCCAACAUCCAAUGCCCACCCUUCCAGCAGGCCAACUGCCAGCCUGGUUCAAUUCAGACCGCUGCAAACGGCUGCUGUAGAAUUUGUGUGGAGAAGGACAAGGCCUGUAAGGUAGGAUCCAUGAAGAGUUUCAUCAACCACAAGAGCUGCCAGUCUGUUGAGGAGGUGGAGAUGCCGUACUGUGAGGGAUCCUGCAACACCUUCACCAAGUACUCUGCCAUGGCUGCGUCUCUGGACCACUCGUGUGCCUGUUGCCAGGAGUCCCGGUCCAGUAACCGCACGGUGGACCUACGGUGUCUGAAUGGAGAUGUGGUGCCCUACACCUACCUACACGUGGAGGAGUGUAGCUGCAGACACAGCGACUGCAACAGAGCCAUUAGGGUGCCUGCCCGCAGGACACGCAGCAACACGCUGGUGUAAAUGGGAUCUGUACUAAUACAGAUGGAAAUGGUCCAGCACCAAUCCACUCGCUGCUUACUAAGGAACACCCUGCUACCCUGCUUCACAUGGCUGUUAUUUAUCUAAUCGCUUUGAUUUAUAUGUCAAAUGUAGAUUAAAUCAUAUUUAAAAUGUAGAAACUUAUGCUUACUUAUCUUAUUAAAAUGCAACCUUCCAAU